AGCCAGAGGCAAGGAGCUCUUGGAGAGCGUGAAGAUAAUCCCUUUUGGUUGUGUAGAGGAGCAGACAGUCACAUAAAUGCAGUAUCUAAAUGUAAAAGAAGAUUGCAAAGCCAUGGCUUUCUGUGCAAAAAUGAGGAGCACAAAGAAGAGCGAAGUAAACCUGGAAGCUCAGCAUCAGGGUUUAGAAAUACUUUUCUACCUGCAAGAUAAAAAUCCCAUUUGCUACACCAGCGGCGAGUUUACCUCGGAGGAGCUGUGCAUCGAAGCUGCCCAGAAGUGUUCUAUAUCUCCUCUCUGCCAUAAUCUCUUUGCUCUGUAUGAUGAAAACAAGAGACUCUGGUAUGCGCCAAACCAGGUCUUUAAGAUAGAGGAGAAAACAUCUCACCGGCUCUAUUAUCGAAUGAGAUACUACUUCACAAACUGGCAUGGGACUAGUGAAAACGAACCCUCAGUGUGGAGGCAUUCGCCGAGGAAGGCAAAGAACGCCUACGAGAAGAAGCUGGGGCCAGAAGGAACCCCCAUACUUGAUGCAAGCUCAUUAGAAUACAUCUUUGCACAGGGUCAGUAUGACUUAGUAAAAGGCCUGGCACCAAUCCGUGAUCCUAAAAACGAUCAAGAGGUUCACGAAAUUGAAAACGAAUGUCUGGGGAUGGCUGUCCUUGCGAUCUCUCACUAUGCCAUCAAGAAAAAUGUGAAGCUUCCCGAGCUUCCCAAGGAUAUCAGUUAUAAACAUUAUAUUCCCGAAACUUUGAACAAGACAAUCAGACAGAGGAAUUUCUUAACCCGGAUUCGGAUAAAUAAUGUUUUCAAGCAUUUCCUUAAGGAGUUCAACAACAAAACCAUUUGCGACAGUAGCGUGUCUCCACGUGAUCUGAAAGUUAAAUACUUAUCAACAAUGGAGACCUUGACUAAACAUUAUGGAGCAGAAAUUUUUGAGACUUCCUUUUUGCUGAUUUCAUCUGAGAACGAAAUAAAUAGAUUUAAUUGCGGAGACGGUGAGAUCCUCCCACUGUACGAAGUCAUCGUGACAGGAAACAAUGGAAUUCAGUGGAGGCUCAAGCCAAAUCCUGUACAGACAGAGAAAGAGAAGAAGAAAAAAUCGGAUGGCAAAGCCAAAAGGGAUGAGGAAAAACUCAAGAUUCGUGACUCGUGGAACAACUUUUCCUAUUUCCCUGAAAUCACCCACAUUGUCAUCAAGGAGUCUACAGUUAGCAUCAACAAGCAGGAUAACAAAAGGAUGGAAUUAAAGCUGUCCUCGCACGAGGAGGCCCUGUCGUUCGCGUCGCUGAUAGACGGGUACUUCAGGCUUACAGCAGAUGCCCACCAUUACCUCUGCACGGAUGUGGCUCCUCCGCUGAUCGAGCACAACAUAAAGAAUGGCUGUCACGGACCCAUUUGCACGGAAUACGCCAUCAACAAACUGCGACAGGAAGGGAACGAAGCUGGGAUGUACGUGUUGAGAUGGAGCUGCACGAACUUUAACCACAUUCUCAUGACGGUGACCUGUUUUGAAGGCUCAGAGCAGAUGAUAAAUAAUUCAAUCCAGUACAAGAACUUCCAGAUUGAGGUGAAGAAAGGCGGCUACUUCCUACAUGGUUCAAACAAGUCUUUCUCAUCCUUGAAAGAGCUGAUGGAUCACCUGAAGGGACAGAUACUACGGACGGACAACAUAAGCUUUACACUGAAGAGGUGCUGCCAACCAAAACCAAGAGAAAUCUCCAACUUGCUAGUUGCAACCAAGAAGGCGCAGGAAUGGCAGCCCGUGUACCACCUAGGGCAGCUGAGCUUCCAUCGAAUCCUCAAGGAGGAAAUCAUGCAGGGCGAACAUCUUGGAAGAGGGACGAGAACACAGAUUUACUCGGGGAUUCUCAACUACAAAGAUGAUGAGAAUGAAGGAUAUCAAAAUGAGAAGGAGAUUAAAGUCCUCCUCAAAGUCUUGGACCCCAGCCACAGAGACAUUUCUUUGGCGUUCUUUGAGACGGCGAGCAUGAUGAGGCAGGUGUCUCACAAGCACAUUGUCCUCCUCCACGGCGUCUGCGUCCGAGAUGUCGAAAAUAUCAUGGUUGAAGAGUUUGUUGAAUUUGGGCCUCUGGAUCUGUUUAUGCAUCGGGAGGAUAAGGAUUUGGUACAUGGAAACGUGUGUACUAAAAACAUCCUGCUGGCAAGAGAGGGAAUCGACACGGAGUACGGUCCUUUCAUAAAGCUGAGCGACCCGGGAAUACCAGUAACUGUGCUGUCCAGACAAGAAUGUGUUGAGCGAAUCCCCUGGAUUGCACCCGAAUGCGUUGAAGACUCCAAAAAUCUAAGCAUUGCGGCAGAUAAGUGGAGUUUUGGCACAACACUGUGGGAAAUCUGCUACAAUGGAGAAAUCCCACUGAAAGACAAGACGUUAGCAGAGAAGGAGCGGUUCUACGAGGGGCAUUUCGUGUUGGCGACGCCGUCGUGCAAGGAGCUAGCUGACCUGAUGAAGCAGUGCAUGAACUACGACCCCCACCAGAGACCCUUCUUCCGGGCAAUCAUGAGGGACAUCAACAAACUGGAGGAACAGAAUCCUGAUAUCAUCUCGGAGAAGAAACCCUUCACAGAGGUCGACCCCACGCUCUUUGAGAAACGGUUCUUGAAAAGAAUCCGCGAUCUGGGAGAGGGCCACUUCGGGAAGGUUGAGCUCUGCAGGUACGACCCGGAAGGCGACAAUACAGGGGAGCAGGUGGCAGUUAAAUCUCUAAAGCCAGAGAGUGGAGGGAAUCACAUCGCUGAUCUCAAGAAGGAAAUAGAAAUCUUGAGGAAUCUCUAUCACGAGAACAUCGUCAAAUACAAGGGAAUUUGCACGGAAGACGGAGGAAGUGGGAUUAAGCUCAUCAUGGAAUUUCUUCCUUCUGGGAGCCUAAAGGAGUAUCUCCCACGGAACAAGAACAAAAUCAACCUCAAACAGCUGCUCAGAUACGCGGUUCAGAUCUGCAAGGGAAUGGACUAUCUGGGCUCCCGUCAGUAUGUGCACCGCGACCUGGCUGCCAGGAACGUCCUGGUGGAAAGCGAGAACAGAGUGAAGAUCGGAGACUUCGGCCUCACCAAAGCAAUCGAGACGGAUAAGGAGUACUACACCGUCAAGGACGACCUCGACAGCCCCGUCUUCUGGUACGCUCCGGAAUGCCUGCUGCAGAGCAAGUUUUAUAUUGCCUCCGAUGUCUGGUCGUUCGGGGUGACGCUGUACGAACUGCUUACCUACUGCGACUCGGAGUCCAGCCCCAUGGCGGAGUUCUUGAAAAUGAUCGGCCCCACGCAGGGACAGAUGACGGUAGCGCGGCUGGUGCGCGUCUUGCAGGAAGAGAAGCGUUUGCCGCGUCCACCCAACUGCCCGGAGGAG